GUCAAGGGGACGGGUACACCGCUAAUUUCUAUAUGCCUGGAUGUCAUUUUAAGGCUCAGAAUCGUGUGUGGCUGUCAGCAGCAGCAAACUUCAGCGCACGUCUACAGCCUCGGUUGAGAUUUCUACAUGUCCCCUGUUUAAUCAGAUGAGACUCUUGGGACGUACGUCUACACGCGUACUCUGAACCUUUGGAUAUAGCUGUCACUUAAAUCGCAUCCGCACUCCUCAGUCUCGUGGUGUUUUUGCACGCCGGGGGGAAGACUUAUCUCAAAACUUUCAAGAGGACUUCACAACUUUGGGGACAGAAUUAUUAGGGCGCAUCGCUGUGAGUUCAUGUGGCGUAUGAUCUGACAGAAGUGGAGCAUUUCUCUGGGAAACUUAACAGAACGCGUUUGAAGCAUGUUCAGCAAGUGCCCCGUUGUGUUAUUGAAUGUCCUCUUUCUGGUGCGUGCGCUCUCGACUCAUGAGUGCACGCCCUGUAAUCUCCGGGCAUGUCCGUUCAAAGCCCCACACGGCUGCGAAGGUGGCCGGACCUUGGCCAGGGAUCCGUGCGGAUGCUGUGAUCAGUGUACCCGGUUGGAGUGGGAGCCCUGCGGUGGCCAGGACUGGGCGCACGGCUACUGCGCCCUGGGGCUGACCUGCGCCUCUGUCAACAAAACCGGAGCAGCUAUUAUUCCUGAAACUGGAGUUUGUAAAGUGCUCCCUGACCAUCCAGAGACGGGACUUGAGGACAAGCGUUGUCCCCUGAUAACAGGUUGUGACAUGACUGGGGGACAGUGUGUGUGUGAUGCCCGCCAUUCAUGUUUGGGCUUGUUCACCUACCCAGACCGAGAAGCCUGCAUGAAAGCCAGCAAGUCAGGGAGUUGGAGGCACGAGCACAGGGAAAGACACAGAGAGAAGUAUGUGGGACCUUCCAACCCAGCUUGCAUGUUCUCUGGGUGUAACCUGACCACCGAGGGGUGUGUGUGUGAGUCUCAGAGCUGCCACCACCACUUUGCCUACAUCAACCGCAGCCAGUGCCAGGAAGCAGCAGAUGAGCUUAGAUGUGCCGGGGUGAUGUGUUCUACUCUCCGGGUGCCCUCCUGCCCCAAGGGUUCAGUCCUGACAAAGAGUUACACGCCCCCUGCUGACUGUUGCCCCUCCAUACCUCCCCAGUGCACAUGCAACCUCAGUGCCUGCCCCAGGCCCCAUUGCCCUAGCGGACAUCGAGUAGUGCCACUCAGCCAGGCCAGCGGUCAGCCAGGAGACUGUUGUGAUGUCUUUGAGUGCCAAAAAGUCUCUCCCAAGUGUGUCCACAAUGGGAAGGAGUUCUCAGAGGGGGAGGUGUAUCGCAUGGACCCUUGCUGGCUGUGUCAGUGCCGGGCAGGAAUCUCCUUCUGCUCCAAGGCAGAGUGUGCUGAGCUGGACUGUGAAAACUUCUACAUUCCAGAGGGCGAGUGUUGCCCUGUCUGCAUAGAUGUGGAGCUGCUCUCCAUGGACAGCACCAAGGCCAGUUGCUGGGUGAAUAAUAAGCUGCGAGCCCAUGAGGAGCAGUGGAAAGAGGAUGACUGCACUUUCUGCCAGUGUGUGGAUGGAGAACCGCACUGUACGGCCAUGGCCUGCAAACAGAGCUGCCAAAACCCUGUCAAGAUCCCUGGAGAGUGCUGUCCCUUCUGUGAAGAGCCUUCUUAUGAAACAGUUAGCCCCAUGUUAUGUCCUCCUCUGGAAAACUGCUCCCUGUCAGGAACCGACUGCCCCAAUGGCUUUGAACAAGACAAAAAUGGAUGUCUCCUCUGCCGGUGUCUCAACAAAAUGUGCAACUGUGAGAUGUGUGAGUGCGACGUUCCCACGCCAAAGUGCCGGCCUCUGACCUGCAGUAAGACCUGCCCCUAUGGAUAUGUGAGGAACAAGCAUGGCUGUGAGAUGUGUCGCUGUGUCAAGUGUCCCCCCUUCACGUGUGACAAGCGCUGCAGUGACGGCUAUCAACGGAACAGGAAAGGCUGCUCCAUCUGCAUGUGUAAAGAAAGUGGCCAUGUCUUGAGCACCACUGCACCAGCCCCAGUGCUCAGCUAUUGCCUCACCUCUAACGGACGCCGAUACAAGGAAGGUGAUAGCUGGCAUGACGGAUGUCGUGACUGCUACUGCCACUCUGGACGGGAGAUGUGUGUGCUCAUCUCCUGCCCUGUACCGAGCUGUUCUCAUCCAUUUGUCAGGCAUGACCAGUGUUGCCCUACGUGUGAUGAUGAGUUGGGCAGUGGUCAGUUAGAGGGAAUGGACAUGGUUGUGUGCAGAGCACCUGGGGGGGAAUUUUAUGUGGAGGGGGAGACCUGGAACCUGGAUGAGUGCACACGCUGCACCUGCAGGAAGGGACGUGUCCUAUGUGACUCUGAAGUGUGUCCCCCAGCUCUCUGCCAGACACCAAUCAGGAGCAAGGACACCUGUUGCCACAUAUGCCCAGAGGCGAUACCACCGGUGCACAACAGCCAGCAGGAGUACUGCAUAACCAGUGAUGGAGACGUGCUGCUGGCUGGAGACUCCUGGAAGGCCAACGCCUGCACCAGCUGCACCUGCAACAACGGCACCAUUCACUGUUUCUCUCAGCGCUGUCCGGCUGCCAACUGCAGGGUGCCUGUCUUGCGUAAGGGCCAAUGCUGCCCACACUGUCUCGAAAUCACGUCUGUGCCAGUGUUAUCUACCAACGCCCCUAAGACAACGGUCACUACCACAAUGCAGGUCACCACUGUCCCUGCACUGUCGGUCAUUGCUAUUACAGCUGGGACAGAUUUGGGUGAUCGUUACCUGAGUCAAACAGAAAUGGCCCUCAUCUACCAAUCAGCUGCCUGGAUCCUGGCAGGUCUCCUCUUGGUCAUCAUCAUCUUCAUCGCUGUGGCAUUAUUCUUCAACAAGAAAAAGAAGUGGGUGCAGAUGUCAUGCUACACCGCACCAAAGAAGGCAGUUUUUCUGAAGAAGCAUGUAAACAAGAACUCGGUGGUCUAUAUGGAGCCCUCCAAGGAGAGCAAAUUUCAGAAUGUGAAGAAUGACUGUGGGCUCAUCCCCUUUUCUCCAGAAAUGAGCACUUCAUUUGUGGAUAAGAUGAACAUCCCCAGAGCCAAGCUGGGCAAUGACUGGAAAUCGCACUAAAAACACCACCGCUCAGACUCUGCAGAUCAGAGCUGUCCGGCACCUCCUGCUCUAUUCUUACUACUGUAUCCACGCUCUGGGCACCGCCAUGUUCCUGCUGUUCCCUCUGUGUGACAGUAAAACUGAGCGCUUUAUAUGGGACAAAGCAACUGACCUCUUUGUGUGUCCAUAUCCUUCUGAUUUUGGGAUGGAGUGAGACGCUGGGAGGUGGACAGACAAGUGAACAUAAUGGCAACCAGAGAGGCUUCUCUGUCAGAACCAGACUUUGAAUAUUGUAAUUUUAUUGCUUAUCUCCUCCUUUAGAACUGAAACUUGGAGGAAAUAAGAGGUGCGUAAAAAGCUUUAGGGCAGGGGUUUGAGGUUUGAAGAGGUGGCAAAGAGGAUGCUGCCCCUCUGGUGCAGCAGCGCUUCAUGGAUCAUCAGCCAA